CAAUUAAGGUACCUUGGUGGAACGGUCUUGACAGAGGACGCUUACCUGUGCACACCGAAGAGUCGUCUCGGUCAGCUCUCACCGGUCACCGAGCGCUUGAGCCUGAGGCAUUAAAUCGAGGUCAACGGCGUGGAGGGGCAAUCCUCCCACCACACCGUUGCUGCCACCUACCCCGCAGAGCCACAAAGGUAAAAAUUCCACCUCACACUCACACCUGAUGCUUUCUUCACUACGCGCUAUCCGACCCAGCUCACGCAGCAUCUCCCCGUUCCGAUUCGCAAGAAUGGCCUCCAACACCACCUACACUCCCAACGAGGAGACCGAGAUCCAGCAAUGGCUCACCACUGCCACUCGUCUCCAGCAGUCUAAGCCCGACGAGGCCUCUCCUAUUCUCGAUACCCUCAACUCCCACCUGAGCACCCGCACCACCCUUCUUGGCACCAAGCCCAGCAAGGCCGACACCGCUCUCUACUCCGCCGUCCGUCCCCUCGUCGCCUCCUGGUCCCCCGAGCAGCGCACCGGCGAGAAGGGCUACCCCAACAUCGUCCGCCACCUCGACUUCGUUCAGAACUUCCCCGCCUUCGCCGCCGAUGUCAAGGCCGACGAUAAGGUCAAGGUUGACCUCGACGAGGUCCUCUACGUGAAGCCCCCCGUCGACGCCAAGGCCGAGAAGGAGCGUCUCAAGAAGGAGAAGGCCGCUGCCGCCGCCGCUGGUGGUGCUGCUGCUGGUGACAAGGCCCUUCCCGACCGUACUAAGGAGCCUAAGAAGGAUAAGAGCGCUGGCGAGAAGGUCAAGGAGGUUGUCACCGAGGCUAAGGACAAGGUCAAGGCCGCUGUCGGUGCCGGCGAGGGCCAGCCCAAGAAGGAGAAGAAGGCCAAGGCUCCCAAGCCCCAGAAGGCUGCUCCCGCUGCCGCCCCUCUCUCCCCUGCCCUCAUCGAUCUCCGUGUCGGCCACAUCCUCAAGGCCAUCAAGCACCCCGAGGCCGACUCCCUCUACGUCUCCACCAUUGCCGUCGGCGAUGAGCCCAACGAUGACACCACCGAGUACGAGGGCCAGGUCUGCCGCACCGUCUGCUCCGGCCUCAACGGUCUCGUGCCCCUCGAGUCCAUGCAGGGCCGCAAGGUCGUCGUCGUCUGCAACCUCAAGCCCGUCAAGAUGCGCGGCAUCAAGUCCUGCGCCAUGGUUCUGGCCGCUUCCCCCAAGCUUAAGGAGGGCGAGGUCGACGACCACAAGGGGCCUGUCGAGCUCGUCACUCCCCCCGCCGAUGCCAAGGCAGGUGAGCGUAUCAACUUUGAGGGCUGGGAAGGUGAACCCGAAGGUGUCCUGAACCCCAAGAAGAAGAUCUGGGAGACCUUCCAACCCGGCUUCACCACCACCGACGACUUGGCGGUUGCCUUUGAUGCUGGUGUCGUUGAAGCGCUUGGAAAGCAGGGUCUUGGCAAGCUCAAGACCAAGUCUGGCGGUCUUUGCACUGUUCCCAGCUUGAAGGAUGCCGUUGUCCGGUAAAUUUCUUUCAUUGUUGUUCAACUUAUGAUAAAUAAAAGUCCUCGCAGCCAUGUUCUGCUGAAUCAUCUAAAAUAGAAUAAGAUUCCAUGAUGCACCUAUACCUGAGGUAUUCGUCACAGGCCACAUCAAGAAACCUCUCUUCUUUCUGGCUCCUUCCCGCUCCUUCCUUGCCGACCUU